CAUUUGACACCUGUGGCACACCUUGGAUAGUUUCUGCCGGCACACAGCCGCCUUCAGCGGGGCUCGGAUGCGGAGGAUCAGCUCGGCGCGAGUCAGCAGGCGUUCCAGUCAUAUUAACAUAGGCAUGUGGUUAUUUUAGAAUUUGCUUUCUCUUUUUUUUUUCUUCUUUCUCCGCCUGUGAAGGCGCACAGCCUUUUGUCUCCCCCACACUGAAUCAUGUGUGUGUGUGGUAGAUGGAGAGGGACUGCAGUGUGAAAACCGAUCUGAAUCACAAGGAGCGGCCAGGCAACAUGGGAUCAUCAUCAGCUGAAUCUGGAGUGCUGACUCUCCUCUCGGAUUUACCUUUCUCGCUGGAUCAUACUUGCCUGUUAUCCUGACAUUUCUUUGUCUCUUGUUGGCAUUCGUGAGUAUGUUCAUUAGCAUGAAGUUUUGGUACAUACGCAUUGUUCAGAAAUAAGGAUGGGGCUGUUAGCAUGAAAUGACGAGAGAUUGGGGGAAUUGCAAAUUGAUUGGGAUUGAUUGAUUGAUUGGUUUGGCUUAUAUGAAGUGAAAACCAAACAAACCAAUCAACUUAGAGUUAGAUCUGGUGAUCUGCUCUCUAGAACUCUAGAAUCUCCUCUCAAUCUCCAGAGUAGCCAUGCCUAGAAGGAGGAAGACCACAAUCUCUCUUUAUUCUACAUGGCAGCACCCUGAAUGUCGCCAUUUAUAUUUAAUGUACCCGGUAAGGCUUUCCGCUGCUCUUAAGAAUGUGCUGUGAUUGAUACCUGCUCAUGGCCAAUCCAGUAGUAGCCCGAGUCCAUUUAGAUUAAGAAUCCCUAGAGGAGUCCAUGGGCUUUCGCCUGCAACACUUGCCUGAUAAUUGAACCCAUUUCCUGCCUCUCCAAAGCUCUUAGAGUUUCCCUCAUGCUGAGAGAGCUCCACAUUCCCUCAUUGAUCCUCUCUCAGGUCUCCACUAGUCUGGAGCCACAGCCUGGGCUGGCGUGGACAGCUCGUGGGCUGCGCAGUCACCUCCGCCCUCCUUGCUCUCCUCGCUUCCCACUCUGCCUCCUGGCAGCAUGAGGGCUGCUGCAUGCUUGACCCGUCUUGCUUGAUUAGCGCAGGAAGUUUUGUCGCUCCCCCGAUCGGAUGGAUUUUUGGACUUGCGUUCUCAAGUUUGCUUUUGUCUUGUGGCUUGGUGAAAUUCAGGAGAGGAUGCUGUAACCUUACCCAGGUGCACCCUCCCUCCUCUCCUCUCUCCUGCCCCUGCCCCUACUCCUGCUCCACCUCGCCGCUUGACAGCUGUUGGAGUAGUGUUCCAGCCCUGAGGGACACAAGGCGCGGCGAUGAACUACAUCUUCGGUAACAGCACACUGUACCCGCGGGGCGGCCGGGCCAACACUGCCACGGGUCACGGUGCUCCGGGGUCCAAGCAGAGACAGUGGGCCAAGCGGAGCUCCAGCGAAGACCUGCCCUCGUCGUCCUCACGCUGGCAACAGUUGCUCACCUUCUUUACCCGCCGCAAUGCCUUCAGCGACUGUAUCACAGCUGGAGCCGGACAGGCAGAUGCUGUUCCUCCCCCUGCUCCCAUAAUCCCCGUGAUCCCCAUCUCGCCCGUCCCAGCCGACGCCACUGUCAUCCCUGCACCCACGUCACAGGCGAGCCCGGCCCCGGUGUUGGUGAACACAGACAGCCUUGACACUUCCCCCUAUGUGAGUCCAUAUGUGAACGGAACAGAAGCUGAUUAUGAAUAUGAAGAAAUUACACUCGAACGAGGUAACUCUGGGCUGGGGUUCAGUAUUGCAGGUGGCACAGAUAACCCCCACAUUGGUGAAGACCCCAGCAUCUUCAUCACAAAAAUCAUCCCGGGCGGAGCUGCUGCCCAGGACGGUCGACUCAGGGUGAAUGACUGCAUCCUGCGAGUAAACGAUGUGAACGUGAGAGAUGUAACUCACAGUAAAGCCGUGGAGGCGCUGAAGGAGGCGGGCUGCAUCGUCAGACUCUACGUGCGAAGAAGAAAGCCUGGCUCCGAGAAAAUAGUGGAUCUAAAACUUGUCAAAGGUCCUAAAGGGCUAGGUUUCAGUAUAGCAGGAGGAGUAGGAAACCAACACAUUCCUGGGGACAACAGUAUCUAUGUCACCAAAAUCAUUGAGGGAGGAGCUGCACAUAAAGAUGGAAGGCUCCAGAUUGGAGAUAAACUUGUCGCUGUUAAUGCUGCUUGCCUUGAAGAGGUGACUCACGAAGAUGCUGUGGCUGCCUUGAAAAACACGACUGAUGUAGUCUACUUAAAAGUGGCUAAACCCACCAGUGUCUUCAUGAACGACAGCUACGCUCCCCCUGACGUCACCAACUCCUAUUCCCAACACAUGGAGAAUCAUAUCACCACCCCGAAUUAUCUGAGCCAGCCCCUGACUCCAGCCACGCCGUCCCGCUACUCGCCUGUCUCCAAAAGCACGCUGGGAGACGAGGAGAUCACAAGGGAGCCUCGGAAGGUGGUGCUGCACCGUGGCUCGACAGGGCUAGGCUUUAACAUCGUGGGUGGAGAAGAUGGAGAGGGCAUCUUCAUUUCCUUCAUCCUGGCUGGGGGACCUGCUGACCUGUGUGGAGAGCUGAGGAAAGGAGACCGCCUCAUCUCUGUGAAUGGGGUGGACCUUCGCAGUGCAACCCACGAACAGGCAGCAGCAGCGCUGAAGAAUGCUGGCCAGACUGUCACCAUUGUGGCCCAGUACAGACCAGAGGAGUACAGUCGCUUUGAAGCUAAAAUCCAUGAUCUCCGGGAGCAGAUGAUGAACAGCAGUAUCAGCUCAGGCUCCGGCUCGCUGCGCACGAGCCAGAAGAGGACGCUCUACGUCAGAGCGUUAUUUGACUACGACAGGACGAAAGACUCUGGGCUCCCAAGUCAAGGGCUGAAUUUCCGCUUUGGGGACAUCCUGCAUGUACUGAACGCCUCCGACGACGAGUGGUGGCAGGCGCGGCAGGUGACCACAGAUGGCGAAGUGGAGGAGAUCGGCGUCAUUCCCAGCAAGAGGAGGGUGGAAAGAAAAGAGAGGGCCAGGUUAAAGACUGUCAAAUUCAACUCCAAGUCUCGAGACAAAGGGUCGCUCAAUGACAAGCGUAAAAAGAACCUCUUUUCACGAAAAUUCCCUUUCUACAAGAACAAGGAGCAGAGCGAGCAGGAAACGAGCGAUCUGGACCAGCAUGUAACCUCUAAUGCCAGUGAUAGUGAAAGUAGCUACCGUGGACAGGAGGAAUAUGUUCUGUCAUAUGAGACAGUGAUGCAGCAGGAAGUGAGUUACACUCGACCGGUAAUCAUUCUCGGCCCAAUGAAGGACCGGAUCAAUGAUGACUUGAUAUCAGAGUUUCCUGAUAAGUUUGGAUCCUGCGUUCCGCACACAACUAGACCAAAGCGUGAUUACGAGGUAGACGGCAGAGAUUACCAUUUUGUUGUCUCUCGAGAACAAAUGGAGAAAGACAUUCAGGAUCACAAGUUCAUAGAAGCGGGCCAGUACAACAACCAUCUCUACGGGACGAGCGUGCAGUCGGUGCGAGAGGUUGCAGAGAAGGGCAAACACUGCAUCCUGGACGUCUCUGGCAAUGCCAUCAAACGACUCCAGCUGGCACAGCUCUUCCCUAUUGCUGUGUUUGUCAAACCAAAAUCAGUGGAAAACAUUUUAGAGAUGAAUAAGAGGCUGUCAGAGGAGCAGGGCAAGAAGACGUUUGACCGAGCCAUGAAGCUGGAGCAGGAGUUUACAGAACACUUCACCUCCAUUGUACAAGGAGAUACCUUGGAGGAGAUCUACAACCAGGUUAAACAGAUCAUUGAAGAACAGUCUGGGCCGUACAUCUGGGUGCCAGCCAAAGACAAACUGUGAGAUGGCAUCAGUGGAAGAAAACCUUGUUGUUUUUAUCUUUUUCUUUGUAUUUUAUUCUUUGUUUGUUUUCUCUACCAACCUGGCCUGCUGUGUGAACUGGCACUCUGACCUCAGCGUAGGCGAUGAUACGCUGGCGUUGUAGGACACGUUCGCAGACGCCCACCGGCGCGUGUCGUUCGGUCCGGAGCUUCCGGGGGAAGGGGUUCCGCCUAACCAGCGACUCAUUGGGGAGAUUAUAUGGUACAGAUUCCUUAAUGUUUAAGGGAGGUGACUUUCUGGAUGGAACAAAAGGAUUUUAAUGCAUUAUAUACAUCUGGGUUUCUUUUUGGUUUUGUGUUUUAUUUUCUUUUUCAUAUUAACCGAAGUAAAGGCAUUCAUGUGUAUGUUCACUUGGAUAAUACAUGAAGCAACACUUUGCACGUUUUAGCAUUAAACGCAUGUUUCGGACAGUUCUUUUCUAGGUAACAUAUGUUGUUCUUGGGUUUUUUUUUUCUUUCCUUAGACAUGUAUUUCAGCUACGUUAACCAUAGCCACUUAAAAAAACAACACUUUUCUCGCAUAUACUCCCCAAACUGAAACUGAUAUUAAGAUCAACCCAUUUAACUUAUGCAACUAUCCAGUUUCACCAUUGCACAAGGAGAGGGGUGAUUUGAUUUCUGUUGUGGCACACAAUAAGGUCUUUCCUCAAAGAUCUGAAUGUUUUAAUCUGAGAAAGGUGCUUCUUCUAAGUUUGGACUGAGGUACAAAGCUGAGAGGCUGAACGUUGUGUUCUGUUCUGUUUUAAAUCCAGGUGAUCGUGUAUUUUAGGAAAGAAACUGCAAUGCAAAUAUGAGAGAAUUAACUGUACACUGAGAUUUUAACGUAUAUUUAACCCUCAGUAUACUGCCUAUUUUGUUAUAAUAAAACUCUAUAUUGAGCUUUACGUAAACUCUACAACUAUGAGAAGAAUUUUCUUUAUAUUGUUAAACAUAUAUGAAAAAAAAUCUAUAUAAAUACAAAUGAGAAUAUAUUUUCCUUUACUUUCACCACCAUUUCCUUACUUUUUUCUCUUUUGUUUUCUGCGUUACGUCACUAUACGAACUUCAUGGCCCUCAGUGAAGACAUACCUGAGCUCGUUGGUGGACUGCCAUAGCCGUCUGCUCAGAGCAGUUACAAAAUUCAAAAGUCGUUGGCAGCUAGUUCUCCUCUGCCCUCUCUUCCAUGUGACUUUUGUCUCUUUAGUUUUUCAGGUGGCGUGCAUGGUUUUAAAAGCAAUAGUAUUUCUAAUAUGUACUUUAUAACAAGUACGAGUGAGCUAGAGGUUUCGGUGUUGUGUUUUCAGCUGGAGUCGUGAUAAUGUCAGCGCUGUUGUGGAAAGUGAGCGGCAGAGGCUGGUUGACCUGUGUCCUUCACAGUGGGUGGACACGGGGGAUGACCCUAGCUGAUGCGAGGGUGGCUGCGGCGCUCUCGAGCACAAGCCUUUAAUUCUCCACUGGAGGGCGCUCUCACAGAAUCCACCCACACAUCCCCCCACCCCGAUUCUCGUUCUCGGAGAUGAUUGUUUUCUAAAAGACUCUUCUAAAAAAAGCCUCUCGACCAUUUAAUGACAGCUUUCUAACUCAUUUUUGACUGGACUUUGUAAAUAACUCGCCAACCUGAUUCAUUCCAUUUGUCAAAAGAGGAGAACUGCUAAUAAAAAAGAAAAUCACACA